AUGGCAGCGAUUCAUCUCACGAUGUGCCAUGAGAAAGGGACUAUGAAUGGAAACAGUAACAUAGCUGAAGUGAUCACUUACUCCAGUCGUCAUGUCUACAAUAACUUGACUGAGGAACAGAAGGGCCGAGUAGCCUUUACUUCCAAUUUCCUGGUCGGCGAUGCCUCACUGCAGAUUGAGCCUCUGAAGCCCAGUGAUGAGGGCCAGUACACCUGCAAGGUGAAGAAUUCAGGACGCUAUGUGUGGAGCCAUGUCAUCUUAAAAGUCUUACUGAAACCAUCCAUACCCAAGUGUGAGUUGGAAGGAGAGCUGACAGAAGGAAGUGACCUGACUUUGCAGUGUGAGUCAUCCUCUGGCACAAAGCCCAUUGUGUAUUACUGGCAACGAAUCCGAGAGAAAGAGGGAGAGGAUAAACAUCUACCUCCCAAAUCGAGGAUUGACUACAACCACCCUGGCCGCUUUCUGCUGCAGAACCUCACCAUGUCCUCCUCUGGCCUCUACCAGUGCACAGCAGGCAAUGGGGCUGGGAAGGAAGGCUGUGUGGUGCGAGUGACUGUGCAGUAUGUACAAAGCAUCGUGGUUGCAGGAGCAGUGACAGGCAUGGUGGCUGGAGCCCUGCUGAUUUUCCUCUUGGUGUGGCUGCUAAUCCCACGGAAAGACAAAAAGAGAUAUGAGGAGGAAGACAGACCUAAUGAAAUUCGAGAAGAUGCUGAAGCCCCAAAAGCCCGCCUUGUGAAACCUAGCUCCUCUUCCUCAGGCUCCUGGAGCUCAGGCUCUGGUUCCUCCUCCACUCGCUCCACAGCAAAUAGUUCCUCACUCAGCCAGCAGAUGCUGUCAACUGAAGCAGCACCUCAGCCACGGCUGGCCACCCAAGCAUACAGCCUAGAGUGGCCAGAGAGGAGAGGUUCUGAACCAAAGAAAGUCCACCGUGCUACCCUGACCAAAGCAGAAACCACACCCAGCAUGAUCUCCAGCUAAAGCAGAGCCUCCCAAACUGUCUGAAUUACAGUGGACUUGACUUCCAGAGGGAGUCAAGGUCUUAGGACUCUACUAGUCAUCGGAGCCCAGUCACCAGCCACACAACCCCCUAGGACCAGGUGCGAGGUCAUUUAAAUAGCAGUGAGCACUGCAUGAAAUGGAUUCAACUGAGCACUUUCCUUAUAUGACACCAAACAAGCAAAAAGAUUUAAGUGGAUCACCUCCAAAAAGGCAUCUCAUUGUGCCUUUAGACCAGAGUUCGGAAAAACAAGCAUCCAAAUCUAUUUGUUGACCAGAUCCUGUAGUGAGAAGGUUGGGAAACGGGCAGUGAACGCAUUUAAAACUUCUUACCUGGAAUGUCUUGUACCAAUGCUUUGAUUCACAGUUGUCAAGAAGAAAUGGGGUGUUGUUUGUAAAUUUUCUAUGCAUUUCUGCAAACUUAUUGGAUUAUUGUGAUUAUUCAGAGUCAAGCGUAACCCACAGCUUUAUACUACACCUAUCUGCACCAGGUACUAGGCUUACCACUUCUGAGAAACUCCAUAAAAGAAGACACGUCUCUUCCAUUCUGACUUGACUUCAUGUGCCUUAAGAUUUGGAUAUUAAUUUCAAAAGAAGUUGAAAUAGCGGGAGAUGGGGAAGAUUGAGUUUCUCCCAUUCUAUCCACUACUAACCUUCCUAUGUAUAUUGAAUGCUAAAAUGAGAACUAAAAAAUGAGACCAAAAUGUGUACAAGGGACUGUGAAGAACAUUACAUCUUAAUGAUCUUCAGAGGAUCACUGGCAAAUAGCAGAAAUAUAUACUGGAACAAUUGUGGAUUUUCCCUCAAAUCAAAUGUCUCUAAAGACUUCCCUGCUGGAUAUCUCUGGAAGAAGAAAACAUUCUCUGCAUGUCAUUUAACAAUGUCCUUAGAAAGAAAUCUAGAGAUAAAGAGAUCUUUUAGGGAUGCUGAAAGAUCACCUGACAGGCCAUUAUAGUCUCUUCUUUCUGAGAAGACAUGUAACCGGAAUUUCAAGACUGAUUGAAAUAGAAAAGAAUAGACCUGUUUCUUAAUAUGUCAAGGAGAGACAUAAAGACGUUUAGCAUUGUACCAUACUUUGAGCUUAUUCUAUUUCUUUCAUUUUAGAAAAAUGAUGUGAAUCUGGCACUUUUGAUUUUAGGCCUUAAAAUAUCAAAAAGAUCAGGGAUUGCCAACAUUUCCUGAUGGCAUUGCAAGUAUAUGUCAUAAUCAGUCUUCUCCCAAGAGGUUGAGAUAGAAAUUCAGUAUUUUCAC